GAGAUGGGAGAGCUGAGACGAGAGUAGGGGGUGGGGGUGUGGGUGUGGGUGACAGUAUUUCUCUUCUUCAGAGCUGUUUCCUAUUCAGAUGGAAGGUGUCAAGCUCACAGUCAACAAAGGGCUGAGUAACCAUUUCCAGGUGAACCACACAGUAGCCCUCAGCACAAUCGGGGAGUCCAACUACCAUUUCGGGGUCACGUACGUGGGGACAAAGCAGCUGAGUCCCACGGAGGCAUUCCCCGUGUUGGUGGGUGACAUGGACAAUAGUGGCAGCCUCAAUGCUCAGGUCAUUCACCAGCUGGGCCCCGGCCUCAGGUCCAAGAUGGCCAUCCAGACCCAGCAGUCAAAGUUCGUGAACUGGCAGGUGGACGGGGAGUACCGGGGUUCUGACUUCACAGCAGCCGUCACCCUCGGGAACCCAGACGUCCUGGUGGGUUCAGGAAUCCUCGUGGCCCACUACCUCCAGAGCAUCACGCCGUGUCUGGCACUGGGCGGAGAGCUGGUCUACCACCGGCGGCCUGGGGAGGAGGGUACUGUCAUGUCUCUAGCUGGGAAAUACACAUUGAACAACUGGUUGGCGACAGUAACGUUGGGCCAGGCGGGCAUGCACGCGACAUACUACCACAAAGCCAGCGACCAGCUGCAGGUAGGCGUGGAGUUUGAGGCCAGCACAAGGAUGCAAGACACGAGCGUCUCCUUCGGGUACCAGCUGGACUUGCCCAAGGCCAACCUCCUCUUCAAAGGCUCCGUGGACAGCAACUGGAUCGUGGGCGCCACGCUGGAGAAGAAGCUCCCGCCCCUGCCCCUGACGCUGGCCCUCGGGGCCUUCCUGAAUCACCGAAAGAACAAGUUCCAGUGUGGCUUUGGCCUCACCAUCGGCUGAGCCCCUCCUGGCUCCUGCCUCCCACUCCCUCCCUCCUUGAGAUUCCCCCUGCUCCUCCCCCCAACAGAGGGGAGACCUACGCGCCCCUCCCUCUCCCUUCCCUCCCUCCUUGGUGGUCAGGGGGGCAGCGGAAAGGAGGGGGCCAUCACCCCAGCAGCUGAGGGGGGAAUUCUAGAACCACGGGCGCUUCAGGACUCGGAGCACCGGGGGCUGUGUGCCCAGUGGACCUGGGGCCCAGAAGGGGUUCUGGAAUCGAGGGGCACGCCAGAUUCUGAGCACCAGGGGCAGAGGCUGCCAGACAACCUCAGGGAGGUGUUGGGGCAUCGCCACCACCCCCCAAAGAUCAUGGGGCCCCGCCCCAAGGGGGCAGCAAGAAGAGGAGCUUCCCCAUCCCAGGUCUGCCCUCCACCCACUUUCCCAUCCACUCCUCGGUAUAAAUCAUGUUUAUAAGUUAUGGAAGAACUGGGACAUUUUACAGAAAAAAAACAAAAAAUAUACAU